AAAGAAGUUAUAAGAAUCAGCAUGGACUAAAUCAACAUGAAGCUAUAGUAUAUUCUAAUUACAAUAUUCCUCAGGCUAAUAUAAUACUACAAUCUCCUGAAGCAAUUUCUGAAUUUAAAAAAACUUUA